CCAAGGGACCACACAGCCCAUUCUGCUCCAUAUACCAGCUUUCUGUCUCCAGAAAAAAAACACAUUUGAAGCAUGAAUUCCCAGCAGCAGAAGCAGCCCUGCACCCUACCCCCUCAGCCUCAGCAGCAGCAGCAGGUGAAACAGCCUUGCCAGCCUCCACCCCAGGAACCAUGCAUCCCCAAAACCAAGGAGCCCUGCCUCCCCAAGGUGCCUGAGCCCUGCCACCCCAAGUUUCCAGAGCCCUGCCACCCCAAGGUGCCUGAGCCCUGCCCUUCAACGGUCACUCCAGCACCAGCCCAGCAGAAGACCAAGCAGAAGUAAUGUGGUCCACAGCCAUGCCCUUGAGGAGCCAGCCACUGGAUACUGAACACCUUACCCCAUUCUGCUUAUGAAUACCAUUUGCCUAUUGACCCUGUGGUUAGCAUGCUGUCACCCUGAAUCAUAAUCCCUCCUUUGCACCUCUAAAAAGAUAUUCCUUUCCCUCACUCUGGAGGGCUCCUGUGCCUCUGAGUAAGGCUGAAAGUCUCACUGACUGAACUAGUCUUCUUGUUGCUCAGGGUGCAUCUGAGGAGGGAUUUGGGGAGGGAUCAAGUGAACCAUCCCUGGUCUUCCCUCAAUAAAUAACUUUUAACUCCA